AAAACAGAAAAUGAAGAUGACAAACUUGUCUGUUUCAGUGAUUUAAUUAAGCAAUACGCUGAAAAAGACAAAGAAAUUCAAUCUUUGAAACAAGAUUUGGAAGUUACAAAAAUAGAAGCCAUGCAUAUGAUGUCUAAUUCUAAAUCUGACGUAGAUAAAAUAGCGAAAUUAAAAAAUAACUUGAUGAAUAUUGAAGAGGAAAAUAAAAAAUUAAAAUCCAAAGUAGAUGAAUAUGAGAUAAGUAUAGCAGCAUAUAAACAGACUAUACAACAGCUAAAAUGUAAAAUAGAAGAAAUGGAAGAUGAACAUGGCUGUAAAACUAUGGAGUAUAAUCUACAAAAGUCUGGUUUUGAAGAAAAAAUUAAAAGUUUGGAAUGUGAUUUAAAAAAGUUCAAACUAAUACCCAAAAAGAAAGAGAAAAAAAUCACUUCUAUCAAUUCUGAUGCAACUAAAUUCAGUACGGCAGAAACUAAAUCAACUGCAGAUGUUGGUAUCAAUGUGUCAUUAUGUGAUAGUGUAUUAAAUACAAAAUCCGAAGUACAAGACAAAAGUAUUAUGACUGAUAAAUUUUACAAUACAAAGGAUGAUCCGUAUCCAUUAUUUUGUGCAAAAUGCGAAGCUCAUUUGUCUCCAACAAUAACUCCUGAAAAAAUAUGCAGAACAAUGAGCACAUAUCCAGAAUUAAUCAAUGAAAAUAUAUUUUCUCCACCGAAAAAAAUCUUGCCGUCUUGUUUAUCACUUGAUGAAUAUUCGGACUCUACAAAUAAAUGUGAAGACACUUUUUCCUUUGGAGUAUUACCCACGUCACUUCUGAAUCCAUGUAAUAAUCAGUAUAGUGAUCCCAUGGAGAAUCAUUUAAAACCUCAAUUGAAACAUUCAUCUAGAACGACACAAAGUUCUGAAAACGAAUUAAAGAGUUCAAAUAUUGCAAUGCAUGUCCCAGUUGCAACCAAUAUAUCCACUAAUUACAGUUCUGCAAAAUUUACUUUACCCGAAAAUAUUGACUGUAUGAAAAAAUAUUACUCUGAUUUAUUAGCUCAACACUCUUCGUCUUUUAAACAAAUACAAAGAAAACUUAAAUUGUUGGGAAGUAAAAUGAAGAAACUCCGAAGAUCACAGAAAAAACAGAGAACUAGUUCUUGUCGUCAUCAUUGCGUUAGCAAUCAUGAUAAUGGUGCCUUCCUAAAUUCAAAUCUUCUUUCCACAAUUUGUAAAGGUGUAGCACAGUAUUAUGACGAGAAAAGGGAAAACGAGCGAAAAAUCGAAUCAGAAAACUAUAGUGCAGAGAAGAUACAGUUAAGAAAAAGAAAACGAUCGGAUGAUGAAUAUAAUGAAUAUAAUGUUAGAUAUAAUGUUAAAAAUCCAUUUUCAUUACAAUGUGAAAAUCUUGAAGAGGAUACCCCUAUAGAAGAUACUAGUAAUAUACUUGAAGAGGUUGCUGAAGAAACUGAUACUCUACAAUCUUCGCAAAUAUUAUGUAUAAAUAAGAGCACUCCAACAUUGGAUGUAAAUGCAUCUAAUGUAUCUUUUAAUAGCACUGAUCAGUCGUACGAGAAAGCUCUAGUCGCUCACAGAGAGAUUGUAUCUGAUUCAGCAGAAGAGGUAUCUCCCGAAGAUAGUGAUAGAAAAUCACAUUCAAGUAAUGAUGAAAUAUGCACAAGCAAUAAUUUAUUAAGUAAAAGUAACGUAGAAUCUGUCAACGAAUCUGUCAUGGAAAUGACAUGCUUGUCAUCUGAUGAUGAUAAUAAAAAUUGUGAUGAACAUUCCAUUGAUCAUGCAUAUAGCAAAAUUCAUACAAUUGCAGAUGAAAGCAAAAUGAAAGGAAAGAAUCAAAAUAAAGAGAAGUUGAAUAGCCGCUUGUUAAAAAACAUUCGAAAUUUAAAAAGAAAAACACAAACUAGUCACAUAAAUAAGCAAGAGAAUAUUGAAUCAGGGCCUAAUCAUCGUUCUGAACUUAAUGAGUUAGCAAAAAGACUACAGGUCGAAAAUAAGAAUAAGCCUGACAAUCGUACGAUACAGAUUAAGAAUUUAAAAAGAAACUUAGGAACACGAGCAAUUUCAUUUAUAAAUAUGCAAAAGGACAGUAUUAAGGAAAGUGCCAUUGAGUUGUAUUCCGAACCAUCAAAAAAGUUGCGCAUUGCACAUGUUCCAAAAACGUCAUCAGUUCCUCAAUUGAGUGUUAAUCAGCACACAGAUUAUACACAUCAUAGGAUAAAAAAUAUAGUUAAUUCAGAAGUAUCUCGACAAAAAUAUGGUAGAAUUCAGCAAUUAGGUACACCGACUCAAAAACUUACUUUAUUAAUCAAAAAUGAAAAAGAUUACGAAAUAAAUAAAAAUUGUGAUGAAAAAAAUUCUGUCGAAUGUAUUAAAGCACGCAGCAUCGACCAAAAGCCUACAAGUGAAAAAUGUCAAGACAAUUUUGCUCUGCCUAUUACGAAUAACGAAUAUGCACCUACAACCUCGGAAUUUAAUAAAGGUGAUGAAGUCUCAAUUGAAGAUGGAACUGAUGAAAAUGUAUCAAUAAAUAGAGAAACGACGGGGACAUCGGUCAAUUGCGAGGAAAUCGAUGCGCAAGCAAAGACAAUCGAGCCUAGAGAAGUGAUAACUCCGGCCAUUGAAUUGUAUUCUUGUAAUGCAAUUCAAGAUAAGCAUUGCGACGAUCGCGAGACAUCAAAGAAUAUGAAUGUGAAUGUGUUAACGUCAAAUCGAUUGGCUGCAUUGGAAGCAGCAAUGCGUAAAAGUCAUAAUCAUGACAUAUCUGAUAAAACUUCCAAAAUUCAACAUUUGCCGCCAAGCGACAGUGCGAUUAUUGUUGAAGACUGUGUUGAAGAUGACAAUGAUACGGAAGAAUCUCUUGAUAAAGCAAAGAAUAUAAUAGGCACACGAGAAAAACUAAGCAUUAAUAAUGGAAUGACAGGAAUACAGGCUACCGAGACUCGGAUAGAAGACACAUGCUCAAAUGAACAAGACAAAAAAAUGAAAUCUAUUCCUGUUCGUUGUGUCGAUAUAAAUGAUGAUGAAGAACCCCAAACGCCGAUGUGUCGAUUGACUAAAUAUAUCAAUAAUAAAAAACGAAUUGUUCGCAAGAGGCCGAUUAAGAAAAUAACAUACAUUUGUAAAUUAGCAGAUAAGUUUGUGAAGAAGCAGUUGGAAAAACUUAGGGACAGUCUUUGGGAAGAUUCUGUAUAUUGUGAUGUAAUGCAGAAAUUAAAGAGCACAUGCGGACCUCGUAUAAUAGCCAAAUGCAUAGUGGAAUUUUUAUUGGAGAAUGUCAAUUAUAUGGAGGAUUUGGACAAGUCAUUUACCCCUCCAGCACCAUUGAUGACGACGUUUGAGCAGAAGAUUAUAGCGCUAUUAAUCGAUUUAGACGCGUCGAAACCAAAGAUUAUUCAUUUCGUACAAGCUGCUAUCGAGUACAACCUAUUUAAGCUUACUAAUGAAGUAAAGGUGCAAGUUGAAACACUCACGCGAAUUUACGUCAUCUUAUCACGAAUCAAGAAAGAUAGAGAAAGAGUACGCAUGAUGUGCUGCAACGCUCUUUAUUGCUUGGGAUUUAAAUCGAUAAAUGUUCUAUACACGAUAUUAACAUGCUGGCCUGAAGUUCUUCCAAACGCUGAGACCAAUAAAGGAAUAUUACCAAAGUGCAUAGCUUUUCUCAUCGGCUCGCAGUGUGCUAAUGAAUUCAAUAAAUUAACCGCAUUAAAGUCGUUAAUAUCGUCAUUUUAUAAAUAUUCUUAUAAUAAAGAAACAAAAAAAGAUAUGAUCAAAGAACUCAUGAAUGCUUUGAAAGCUGAAAAAACCAAUGGCUUAGAAACAGCUAUUAUACUUGUUGCAAAGAGAGAAGGGCCGUCCUGGACAUAUCAAAAUAUUAUUCAAUCCGAUUUAUUGCCAAUGAUCAUCAACCAUGAGCUUCCCUGUGUAUAUAGCGCGUUUUCUCUACUUGGAAAGCUUAUGCGUGCAUUCCCAUUGAAAGAUACAGACCAUGUUGUGCAGGAUAUCAGCGAACAGCUCCGUGACCUCAUUCAGUCCGGCCAAGGUUCGGAAGAUCAACAAGAAGGCAUAAUUUCUGCGUUGCUCAGUCUUUCUAGACACAAGUUUAAUAUUGUCGCACAGUGUGUAAUAAACUGGACACCGAAUAAAUCUUUAAGGCCAGCGACCGUCACACAAUUGGAAGCAUUUAUAAAUGCGCGUAAUGCAAACUUUUGGAAACAAUACUUACAGAAGAAGUGUGUCCAAAGUAAAAAGUGACACACUAUUUACGUUAAAUGAUUAUAACAUCUGAAUCUUUUUAAUUAUUGUUAUAGUCCAUCUUAUAAACAGUCAGGUUGAAGUACAGUGAGAAACAAGAUAUCACACGAAUACAUUAUGAAUGUAAUAUUUAUUGUUUAAAAAGUUUUGGACAACAAGUUUUGUUGUCCCUUUGAUUUUAGCGAAAUUUACAAACGUCACACGUAUUUAGGUCACAGAAUUCCUUAAUCUCAUUGCAAACUUGGUUUACACAAUGCUCGUCUGAUUUCGUUUUUAUGUUGUUUUAUUAUUAAUUUUUACAUACUACUAAUCUACAUUUAUUUUAAUGUAGACUGUAACUUUUAAUAUUGUAUAUUGCUACACGUCAUAUCAAAAACUAAUUGACAUCUUCACAACUUGUUUCAUGUUUAUAAAAUUCAUGUACAUUACUUCUGAAAAUGUUAAUAUGUUUUUUUGUAAUUUUUAAAAUGAAAAGAGAUCUCUUUUUGUAAAAAUAUAUAAAUAUUAGCAAGUUAUACGGUUGUCUUACACUGCUCGUUAUUUUUUUUUCAAAAUUUCUGCUCUAUAUAUCCUAACGUUAAUCAUAUAUGAUUUCAAUCUUUAGUUUAAGAUUUAAAACUUAGACAUAAUAUAUCCAAAAUUGUCAGACCAAAUGAUAAAAUACAUAAACAAAAAAAAACUUUGUUACGAUGGAAAGUUAAAAAAUAAUUGAUAUCAGCUUGGCAUGACAAAAGAGUGAAAAUAACAGUUUGUACUUGCAGCAGUAGAUUCAAUCAUUUCACCAAUGCACACAUCUCGUUUCGAAAUGUAGCGAAACGAAACAUUGGUCUGAACAAAAUUGCAUAUAAAUAUUUAUGAGAUUUUGAUCAAUAUGACUUCAAGCGUGAGUCUCAAUUUAAUAUCCAUUUCUGAAAAAGCACGUCUUUAGUGGGAACUAAUAAGCAUGAAAAAUUGCAUGUGCAUAUAUAUACUACUCUAAAAAAUUAAGCUAUUAUAUUUUUCGUGAAAGAACACACAAGGCAAGUUUUACAUAACUUUAACUUUGUAACAAAUAAUUGCAUCAAGUAUCGAAAAAAAAGUAUUUUAAAGCGCUGAAUCUCUACUUCGGAAUGCUUUUUGCCGAUAUAAUGCGAUUAUUUGUUAUAAAAUUAUAAAAGUUAUUUGAAAUUUGUCUUCUUUUUUGAUGAAAAAAGCAAAUAAUUCCUUGAUCUUUUUGUCUAGCGUAUAAACAGAAAAUGUGUAUCUACUUUAGUUGUUUGUAAUAUAUCUAAUUGUAAGCGUUAUUUGAGGUAAUAUUCCAUAUGAUAUCGUCAGAUAUACGUUAGACUAAAUAUUAAUAAAGCAAAAAAGAAAGUUGUAAAAUAUCAGUAUUCAUACUAGAGAUUUAGAAACAAGA